CCCCACCGCGACUGGCAGCUCUGGAGCCGGAGAGCAGGAUCCGCCACCGCUGCCACUGCCUCCCGGGACUUGCAACGCUGCGCGCCCAGCCAUGGCUUCAGGCCCCACGGGGCCGGAGACCCGGCAGAGGCUGCUGCGCACCGUCAAGAAGGAGGUGAAGCAAAUCAUGGAGGAGGCCGUCACGCGCAAGUUCGUCCACGAAGACAGCAGCCACAUCAUCUCCUUCUGUGCGGCUGUGGAGGCCUGCGUCCUGCACGGGCUGCGGCGGCGGGCGGCUGGCUUCCUGCGCAGCAACAAGAUCGCGGCUCUCUUCAUGAAGGUGGGCAAGACCUUCCCGCCCGCCGAGGAGCUGAGCCGCAAGGUCCAGGACCUGGAGCAGCUGAUCGAGAAUGCGCGAAACCAGAUCCAGGGCCUCCAGGAGAAUGUGCGGAAGCUGCCCAAACUGCCCAACCUGUCCCCACUCGCCAUCAAGCACCUGUGGAUCCGCACGGCCUUGUUUGAGAAGGUCCUGGACAAAAUUGUGCAUUACCUUGUGGAAAACAGCAGCAAAUACUAUGAAAAGGAAGCGCUGCUGAUGGACCCUGUGGAUGGCCCCAUCCUGGCAUCUUUAUUGGUGGGCCCCUGUGCGCUGGAGUACACCAAGAUGAAGACGGCGGAUCACUUCUGGACCGAUCCCUCCGCCGACGAGCUCGUCCAGAGGCACCGCAUCCACAGCUCGCACCUGCGGCAGGACUCGCCCACCAAGCGUCCAGCCCUCUGUAUCCAGAAGAGGCACUCGAGCGGCAGCAUGGAUGACCGCCCAUCCCUCUCCGCCCGUGACUACGUGGAGUCCCUGCACCAGAACUCCCGGGCCACCCUGCUGUAUGGCAAGAACAACGUUCUCGUUCAGCCGAGAGACGACAUGGAGGCCGUCCCGGGAUACCUGUCCCUGCACCAGACCGCCGACGUCAUGACCUUGAAGUGGACACCCAACCAGCUGAUGAACGGCUCUGUGGGAGACCUGGACUAUGAGAAGAGCGUCUACUGGGACUACGCCAUGACCAUCCGCCUGGAGGAGAUCGUGUAUUUGCACUGCCACCAGCAAGUGGACAGCGGCGGGACAGUGGUGCUGGUCAGCCAGGAUGGCAUCCAGAGGCCGCCCUUCCACUUCCCCAAGGGAGGGCACCUCCUGCAGUUCCUCUCGUGCCUGGAGAACGGGCUGCUCCCGCACGGGCAGCUGGACCCUCCGCUCUGGUCUCAGCGGGGGAAGGGCAAGGUCUUCCCGAAACUGCGCAAGCGAAGCCCUCAGGGCUCCGCAGAGUCCACGUCCUCGGACAAGGAAGACGACGAGGCCACAGACUACGUGUUCAGGAUCGUGUACCCCAGCCUACAGUCGGAGUUCGUGCCCCAGGACCUGAUGGAUGUCUCCGUGAGCAACCUGCCACCCCUUUGGCAGCCCAGCCCCCACAAAUCCUCUUGCUCAUCCUGUUCACAGAGUGGCUCAGCUGAUGGCAGCUCAACCAAUGGCUGCAACCACGAGAGGGCUCCCCUGAAGCUUCUCUGUGACAAUAUGAAGUACCAGAUCCUUUCCAGAGCCUUCUAUGGAUGGCUUGCGUACUGCAGACACCUGUCCACCGUGAGGACCCACCUGUCAGCCCUGGUCAACCACAGGAUUGUGUCUGCGGACUUGCCGUGUGACGCUGGACGCGGGCUGACGGCCGGGAUCUGGGAGCAGUACCUGCGGGACAGCUCAAGCUACGAGGAGCAGGAGCUGCUGCGCCUGGUCUACUACGGCGGCAUCCAGCCCGAGAUCCGCAAGGCUGUGUGGCCCUUCCUGCUGGGCCACUACCAGUUCGGGAUGACGGAGACAGAAAGGAAGGAGGUGGACGAGCAGAUUCACGCCUGCUACGCACAGACCAUGGCCGAGUGGCUGGGCUGCGAGGCGAUCGUGCGGCAGAGGGAGCGGGAGUCCCACGCGGCUGCCCUGGCCAAAUGCUCGUCGGGGGCCAGCCUGGAUGGCCACCUGCACCGCAUGAUGCACCGGGACUCCACCAUCAGCAACGAGUCCUCCCAGAGCUGCAGCUCCGGCCGCCAGAACGUGCGCCUGCAGAGCGACUCCAGCAGCAGCACCCAGGUGUUUGAGUCUGUGGAUGAAGUGGAGCAGGUGGAAGCGGAAGGCAGGCUGGAGGAGAAACAGCCCAAGAUCCCCAACGGGACCCUGGUGAAUGGCACCUGUUCCCCAGACUCCGGCCACCCUUCCUCCCACAAUUUCUCCUCCGGCCUCUCAGAGCACUCGGAGCCCAGCCUGAGUACGGAAGACAGCGUCCUGGACCCCCAGCGGAACGCCUCCCUGGCGCUCCGGCCUGGGGACAGCAGCAUGGACGAAGGGCAGAGCAGCGAGGCCACCACGUCCCGGGACGAGGCCCCACGUGAGGAGCUAGCCGUGCAGGACAGCCUGGAGAGUGACCUCCUGGCCAACGAGAGCAUGGAUGAGUUCAUGUCCAUCCCGGGCAGCAUGGACGUGGCUCUGCCCGAAAAGGAGGGCGCCCCGACGGAGGGCUGGGGGGCUGGCGAGGCGGAGAAGCACAGCCGGGCGGACAGCGAGGACAACCUCUCGGAGGAGCCCGAGAUGGAGAGUCUCUUCCCCGCCUUGGCUUCCCUCGCCGUGGGCACUUCUGCCAACAGCGAGGCGUCCCCUGUGUCUUCCAGCGGCGUCACCUACUCCCCGGAGCUGCUGGACCUGUACACGGUGAACCUGCACCGCAUCGAGAAGGACGUGCAGCGGUGCGACCGCAACUACUGGUACUUCACGCCCGCCAACCUGGAGAAGCUGCGCAACAUCAUGUGCAGCUACAUCUGGCAGCACAUUGAGAUCGGCUACGUCCAGGGCAUGUGUGACCUCCUGGCUCCCCUGCUGGUCAUUCUGGAUGACGAGGCUCUGGCCUUCAGCUGCUUCACGGAGCUCAUGAAGAGAAUGAACCAGAACUUCCCCCACGGAGGCGCCAUGGACACCCAUUUUGCCAACAUGAGGUCCCUGAUCCAGAUCCUGGACUCCGAGCUCUUUGAGCUGAUGCAUCAGAACGGGGACUACACUCACUUCUACUUCUGCUACCGCUGGUUCCUGCUGGAUUUCAAGCGAGAGCUCGUCUACGAUGACGUCUUCUCGGUCUGGGAGACCAUCUGGGCAGCCAAGCACGUCUCGUCCGCCCACUACGUCCUGUUCAUCGCGCUGGCUCUGGUGGAGGUCUACCGGGACAUCAUCUUGGAGAACAACAUGGACUUCACAGACAUCAUCAAGUUCUUUAAUGAAAUGGCCGAGCGACACAACACCAAGCAGGUCCUGAAGCUGGCCCGGGACCUCGUGUACAAGGUGCAGACCCUGAUUGAGAACAAGUGAGGGCCACCUGUCCUGCCCACGCUUCCUGCCUGGCCGCCCGGGAGUGAGGUCCGGGGCAUGUUCGUGAGCCUGGACGUCUGUGCAGAGAGAAACUGCCCCGACGUUGGCCGCCGGGUGGGGGGGUCAUGGGGUGGUCCCCCGAGUUCAGCCUUACGUUUUCCCGUGUGACCAAAGAUCGCCCGCGUGUGGGGUUUCUCCCUCGCGGGAGCUGGUGGACUGAGGGAACGUCUUUGUCUGUGGUCUCCGGGACGGUCUCCUCUCUCUCCCCUCCCCCGCCCCCCAAACCGCCGUGUCAGGUGGGUCUUGGGGAUGGAGGUGUGUGAGAAGUCGGCGUAGGAGGUGUCCGUGGGGCCACCCCUAGAUGCCGAAAGGGGCCUUUGCAGACACACCGGCCCACGGCUGGCGGGUCGGCCUGGAGCAGGGGGGUCUCUGCACCUCGGCACCGUCGACCCUCGGGCCGGGCCCUUCCCGGGGCAGGGGGCCUCCUGGGCACCGCAGGGUGCUGAGCAGGGAGCAUCCCCGGCCUCUGCCAACUUGAGGGCAGCAGCACCCUCCUCCCCACCCCGGGUGUGACAACCCAGAGUGCCCCCGGAUAUCGCCAGAUGCCCUCACGUGUGAGACCUCCUGGCUCAGAGGAGGGGCUGCCGGUGUGUCUCCCAGCCCUUCUCUCCCCACCCAAGCCGCCCGGGUCCCCAGGCCCCUCCCACUUAGAAAAAGCACACGGAGUCCUGUACACCCCUCCCCCCGGGGGUGUGGGAUUCCAUUCGUUGUAUUCUCUCAGUCUUCUCCGCUUUGCCCCGGGAGAAGCUUCUUUUCUUCUUGUCAGGAAAGGUGUCUUUGGGACCGCAGACGUAUCUGCGAGCGUGAGACAGUGAGAGGCUCUUCUGAGCCCGGCCCGGAGCCCCGCCCCCACCCCUCGGAAAGACGGUGCCUCUCCUGCCACACGCUGGGUCCGGUGCUCCUGGAGCUUGGAACGCGCGUGUCGGUGGAAGCUGUGUGGUCAGGGAGGCCAGCUCUUCCCCAAGUGCCCUUGCUCACUCAGGAUGGAGGAGGAAGACAGAGGUCAGCCAGGGCACAGGUGUACAGGUGUGUUUUCCACGGCGGCCAGGUGUGGAAACGGUCCCCGCCGUGUCUUCUCACGGAGGGUCACCGGUCCACAAACAGAUCCUGAGCUAGGUAGCCCACCUGCCCACCUGUCCUUCAGGAAAGCGGUCCUGCCAAUUCUGUUCUGCGAAUGCUCCGGAAUCGGGAGAAACAGAGUCAGGGAGCACUGCUCUUCCAGAGAGCGGCAGGUAGGGUUGUGGCGAGGUGGGGGAGACACGGAAAGCACAUAGAGGCGUUUGCACGGGGGAGCGCUGGGCCUGCAGCCCCCAGCAAACCAGGACAGGGAAGGCCUGCCCUGCGUCAGCACCUCCAGCCGCACCCGAACCCCCACCUUCCCCCAGGCGGGGCCCUUGGGCCGGACGGAUGAGGCCCAGAGGGCCCUUGCUUCUGAAGACUGCACAUCUCCUCACCCUGGACCCCCAGCCUCCCCAGAUGGGAAAGAACAUGCAAAAGGCCUCUCCAGAGGAAAGAGUAUUUCGCCGCACAGCUGUUCACUGCAGGGGGCGCUAUGUUAGCAGGACCCAGGUCCUAGGUCUCCCGACUCUCAGUUUUGGGCGGGCUAGUCGCACAGCACAGCACAGCACAAGACUCCCCUCUCUCUGCCUUCUCCCGUGGGGUCCCAGAGACACGUCCAUGCUCGUGGUUCGGAAUGACCCCUAUUUAUUCAGCUUGCCGUGCCCGCUCGGCUCUGCGUCCGCCGCCCGCGUCCUCGUGUCGUCUGAGCGUGCGGGAGCCGCUCCGUCUCCGGAGCGCCCUCCUUUUCUCCGUGUUACCAGCACAUCUCAUAACUGUUUACUGAAAAGUUGUGUCCGUGUGGAGAGAAAAUAUAUAUAAACGGC